GAACCAGUCCAACUUGAGGCACCGAACACAGAGCGCGAAACUCCACGGCUCCGAGUCUCCGACCAUUCUCGCCCCCGGCUCUUUCCUUCUUCCCGUGUCAUCGUCAAACCGCCGCUUUCCAAUUCCAGGCCAUCAAGACGUAGCAGCUCCCCUUGCGUCUGCGCACGCCACCGAAGGAUCCUCGCCGCGCGUGCAGUGCGAUCCGAGGGGAGGGGUCCAAGGCCAUGAUGAAGAGCGUCAGCGGCACCGGCUCGGCCGGGAGCCGGAGCGAUCCGGGCGGCAGCGGCGAGCUGUCCCGCUUCUCCGUCGCCACCACGGCGUCGUCCGCCUCGCAGCCUUCCGCGAACGGUGGCGCGCGCGGGAUCUCCUUCCUCGACGCCUUCCGGUCCUGCUUCGUGCCCCCGGAGGCGCGCUCGCCGGAGAACUCCAUGUCCGACGAAUCCCACCCUUCCCACCAACUCUCGCAGUCUUUGAGCUCACAAGGUUCUAACAGUGGGAGCGUGUUUGGGAGCAAGCGAUCGAUUAAAGGAAUGUAUAGUCCCAUGCACAAGAGUUCUUUAGAUAGGGAGAUCCCUGGCAGCACAAAAUUCUCCUUGCCGCAGAUCCAGAAAGCAACAAAGAACUUCUCGCCGAACUUCAAGAUUGGGCAGGGUGGUUCUGGGACUGUAUACAAGGGUCAGCUUGCUGAUGGUACUCUUGUCGCUGUCAAACGUGCCAAGAAGAAUGUUUAUGACAAGCAUAUGGGUCGUGAGUUCUGGAACGAGAUUGAGACAUUGCAACGCAUUGAGCACCUGAAUUUGGUUAGGUUUCAUGGGUACCUGGAGUUUGGUGGCGAGCAGUUGAUUAUUGUGGAGUAUGUUCCCAAUGGGAAUCUUCGAGAGCACCUCGACUGUAUAAAUGGUAAAAUAUUGGAAUUCUCACUGAGAUUGGAAAUUGCAAUUGAUGUGGCUCAUGCUAUUACAUAUCUUCAUACCUAUUCAGGGUUUGACCUUCAGAUGUAUAUUAAAGAUCAUCCAGUCAUCCACAGAGACAUCAAAUCCUCAAACAUUCUUCUAAUGAACAAUUGUCGAGCCAAGGUUGCUGACUUUGGAUUCGCCAAACUGGCUCCAACUGAUUCUAGUCAUAUAUCUACUCAAGUCAAAGGAACAGCAGGCUAUCUCGAUCCAGAAUAUCUCAGAACAUACCAGCUCAAUGAGAAGAGUGAUGUCUACUCCUUUGGAGUCCUUCUGGUGGAGUUGGUUACUGGGAGGCGCCCUAUAGAGCCAAAAAAGGCAAUCAUUGAGCGUGUUACCACAAAAUGGGCAAUGGAAAAAUUUGUGGAGGGCAAUGCUAUCCAAACACUAGAUCCGAAUCUGGAAGCGACCGAUGCGAUCAAUCUAGCGGUCGAGAAGCUGUAUGAGCUGGCUCUGCAAUGCUUAGCCCCAACUAAGAGGAACCGACCGAGCAUGAAGCGGUGCGCAGAGAUUCUGUGGAGCAUCCGUAAAGAUUACAGGGAGUUGGUUGUACCCACCUCUGCCAUGAACUGAAGCAGGUCGUCUGGAGCAGUCAAGUGAACAAAAAGAUGUAUCAUUCCAGUUUGCCUCUCUUGAUUCGCUUCAAAGAUUGGUGGUUGAAAUCAUCCGAUUGCUGGGAUUCUUUCAGUUACCGCAAGUGGUCGUGAACAGGACUGAUGGCCUUCCUAGAUGCUGUGUUUGUGCUAGAAACCAGAAAAGUCCCUGUGUGAAAGUGUUGCUGAGUAAACAUGUACGAGUAUAUAUCAGAUAUCUAAUGGUGUGUAUAUCUUGUAGGUUCUCUUAUACAGGUAAGUGCAUCACGCAUGAAGAAAUCUAGUUGUUUCCAUUGCAUCUUUUUUUUUGUUGUUGUUGUCUAUGAUGAACAAUAUUCAGCGUAUGAUUAGCAAGCAACACUCAGGAGCUGUACUUGUGCUCUUCC